CGUCAGAGAUUGAUGUUGUGGUCACGUCAGAGAUUGAUGUUGUGGCCACGUCAGAGAUUGAUGUUGUGGUCACGUCAGAGAUUGAUGUUGUGGUCACGUCAGAGAUUGAUGUUGUGGUCACGUCAGAGAUUGAUGUUGUGGUCACGUCAGAGAUUGAUGUUGUGGUCACGUCAGAGAUUGUAG